AUGAGCAACUACAAAAAAUCCUUUGUGAAAUGUAAUUUAAAUAACUAAUUAAAAGUCCUUAGGUCGAUUGAUCUGUUCGGAUAAAAUAUUCUUCUCAAUCUCAACGGUGAAGAUUAGUAUAAAACUGGAUGUGGAGGUAUGAUGACUUUAUUCAUUUUGGCAAUCGUUGUGUUAUUCUUUUAAUCCAACAUAUAAGAUUUCGUCAACAAAGUCAACAUUCAAAGUGAAACUAAUCAAGUCUUUGAAGAUCAGCCAGAUUAAAUAUACAUUAAUGAUACAAACUUCAUGUUCGCAGUAGCCAUAGAAUAAACGAAUUUCAAUUCAAAUCCAUUUUUCAACAUCACCAUGUCCGCAAGGUAUUCCCUCUCAAUAAAUUAGACGCUACGAACGAUAAGGUGAUGGAUCCCUCGCCAAGGAAGAGACCCUAAUAGAUCUUGUUCCAUGCACAGUAGAGAGAUUCCAAUAGAUUUUUAAUCAGUUUGGAUAAAAUUUUACUCAGCAAUAUAAUGAGAUCGGUUUAGACUCUUGGCUUUGUCCCUAGUAUUUAAUUUCGCUAUAAUUAGACUGAAUUACUCAUUCACCCUCAAGGGAAGGUACACUAAUAAGUUUUUUGAUUUCAUGAAAAUAACUGUUAGUCAAUGUAGCAACUCCUCCCAGACAAAUUCCUUUUAUACAUGGUAGCCUAAUUGUGCAUCUGAAGAAGCCAUUUCUCAAUGGCUCAUGCAACAGAGAUAAUAUCGAGUCAAGAUGUAUUAAUUACAAUUAAUUCAGAUAUAUAACAAACCAAAUGAUCAGUCCACAAAAGGGAGAUGAUUAUGUUUAAUCCUUUUUAGAUGAUGAAUUAUUUUUCUCUUUCAUCCCCUAAGUCAUCGGUAAAGAAGUAGACAUUUUCUUUACUAAAUAUCUUAUGUAAACUGAUAAUAAUCUACUUCCAACUGGCAGUGAAUUUGAUACAACAGAGAUGUUUGCCAAAGAAUAAGGAGACUAUCGAGAUUAAAACAGUUUUGCUAGUGAUACUUAUGCGACAAUCUAUCUCAGAAGAUCCCCUUACACUACCUACAUAUCGAGAUCAUAUUAAAAAUUGGAUAAGAUGCUUUCAAUUUUAGGAGGAUUUGCCAAUAUUGUAAUUGUUGUUUUCGGGUUCUUUGUUGGCAUGUAUAAUAAACAAUUAUGUAAUCUUUAAUUUUGUAUUUAAUUUAGAUUUAAUUGAAUUGGCUAAUCAAAUUUAUGACUUUAAUUUUGGCUAGGAAUACCAAGAAAAAUUUGAAAGAGAAAAAUUGGCCUAAGACAUUACUUAUCUAAAGUCACAACCUAUGAUUUUAAGUCGAUGUAGUCCUAUUUCAUCUAUGAAUCCUGGAAAUAGUUCUUUAGGUAAGAAUUAUAGAAUGUCGAUUCGAUAAACUUUCUCUUAGAAAUUUGACUACGUUUAAGGAGUUAAGGCAAAUAGGGAGGAAUCAUGCAAAAUGAUUAUUGGUAGUCAUUGGCAGCCGAUGGGAGACAAAGAAGUUGAAUGGCAAAGUGCAGAUGCUGCUGAUGUCUACAAUAAUCAUUAGGCAGAUGUGUCUGACAUAAUUAAAGAAAAUGCAAAGAAUUAUUAAGAUGAUCCAAGAAUUUCUAAAGAUCAGACUGAAUAAGAUCGGAAGAAAUCUUGCAAAGAAAUCCAUUAAAAAAUAGUUAAGAAAAUAGGGAAUCAUAAUAGAAAGGAAUAUCUGACCAAAUAAAUUUAAGCAAUGCUUGAUCGCAGCAGACCUAUUGUGUUUACAAUUAAGUUUUUACUACAUUAAUUGUUUUGUGGAAAAUUCUUUUAGGAUUAAAAUUCAAUUCUGUUAAAUAAAGCUAUGUAUGAAAAUUAAAUUAAGAAUAGAAAGAAAAUCAAUUCAGAUAUUGACAUAUGUGUGUUGAUAGACAAAGUGAAUGAAAUAGAAUUGAUUAAAGAACUAUUAUUGAAUAAAGAUCAAUAGAUAUUGUUUAACUUUGCUCCCAAAGAAGUGAUUACAAUUGAUAAUGAGUAUCAUUAACAUUAGCCCCCUGGAAGAAGAGAGAAUAAGUAUUUUAUUGAAUCUAAAUCUCUAUAGAAGAGCAUUCACAAAGACUCUUGGAGUUCAAUUUGGAGAUGUAGCCAAAAUGAUGUUAGACAAAAAGUUUAAGAAAGGAUAAUUUGUCACGCCUGGAAUGCAAAUAUAUUAUAAACUUUAUUCAGCGUAUGAGAAGGUUGCUUUGUCAAACGAAAAGAACAAUCGAUUCAACUAGGUUUUGAUUGAAAAACUUGGCUAAGAAGUUAAAGAUGUUUUUGACAUAUCCAAUUAUAUUCAAGGGGAUCAAACUAGCAAGAAUAUAGAAAAACUAAGAAAAAAGAAAAAUAAUCCCUAGGAAGAAGAGUAGCCGAUUGGAUUAACAAGUAUGGAUUACAGAGAUAUUAAUUAAUCUAUGAUUAAAUGA